AUAAUGAUCAAAUAUUUGGUGAAAUAAAGAGAUGCACACAAACUUUAUGUCUUUUAAAUAAAAUAUGCAUUUAUUAAAUAUGCCAUGUGUAAUUUUUUUCCAACAGUUUUUCCUAAAGCCACGAAACGAUUAUUGCGUUAGCAAUGGUUUACCAAAGUCGAGUUCGAUUUAACGUUGCUGGAAGUUUCUACGAGACUUUUUUAGAAACGUUAAAUCGAUAUCCAAACACUUUGUUGGGCGAUUCGUCAAGAAGAAUGAACUACUUCGAUUCUAAUAACGAAGCUUAUUUUUUCAACCGCUCGUCUGCCGCAUUUGAAGCUAUAUUGUUUUUUUAUCAGUCUAAUGGCUGCCUAAUUAGACCGUCAAAUUUGCCAAUGGAGUUAUUUGAAUGUGAAUGCAAGUUUUACGGUUUGGAAGAAAAGUUUGUAAAAUCAAUGAAAUUACGAGAGGGUUUUGAUUGCCACGAACAAAACGAGCACAAUGAUGAGAAAAAGAAGUGUUAUACGUUUUUACAGAAACUAUGGGAAUUUUUGGACGAACCCAGUUCAUCUUUGCAAGCAAAAAUAUUUGCAUCAGUAUCAGUCAUAGCAAUCAUUUUUAUUGUGACAGUAGAUUGUUUUUCAACGUUAGAAAAAUUUCGAAGUGGACCAGUUUCAGUCGUAAUGAAUGCAGUCACCUCCACUUUUAAUAUCUUUUUUGCUUUCGAAAUAAUAGCUAGGUUCGUAAGCGCUCCAUCAAAGUUAAAAUUUUUUAAAUCAAUCGCAAACGCAUUGGACUUUUUUUCUAUUUUUAUAUCACUUCCCUUUCUAGCAGUUGAAGACAGGAAUGGAGCCAUUUUCAGCCGAUGCUUGCGAAUGGUAAGAGUUUUUAGACUAAUAAGAGUUUCAACGUCAUGUCCAACAUUGUUAACAGUUUUUAAUAUAUUGAAGAUGUGUAUUAAGGAAUUUACAGCGCUUUUUUUUUACAUGGUAGUUUCAUUUACUAUAUUUGGUAGUAUAAUCUACUUAGCAGAACUUGAUGAUAAAAAAAGUCCUGUUACUAGUGUUCCAGAAGGCAUGUGGCUUGCUAUGCAAACAAUGAUCACAUUGGGUUAUGGUGAUGUCAUUCCGGUAACUCUGUUGGGAAAGUUAGCUACUGGGUUUAGCGCGGCUAUUGGUGUGGUGAUCGCUAUCCCAUUAAUUUCCCUCGGGGAAAAGUAUCUGUCACUUUAUUCAAAGACAUUUAAGAUUUCUUUAGCUAAUCAAAAAUCUUAAAAAUGGCAUACAAACUUGCGUUUUUAACAAAUUGAAAAACUUCAAAGUGACUUAGAUUAUAAUAAAUAAACAUUUUGUAAGUUAAACGUUCAGAUUGUGAUUUAUUACAAAGUA